AUGAAGCAUACCACUCUCCACGCCGUAUGCACUCUCUCCCUUUCUGUUCUGGUCACAGCUUGUCCCCUUCAUGUGGUGCACGAUACGAACGAACCAUUAAACAACCAAAGACGUUCCGCUCAGCAUGACACCGCGCGAACGGCAAUCGAGCAUGUUCGCGUGUUCAAUGGGAUUCGCUUCGAAGAGCCUCAGACCGUCUGUAUCGAUGGUGGUUGGAUUGUCGACAUCGGCACUUGCAGCGACCCUACUCUAAGGGUAAAUGGAGCAGGGAAGUUCCUCGUCCCUGGUCUAAUCGAUAGCCAUCUUCAUUUGUCAGGCGUACAGUCGCUCGAAGAAUUCACCUCGUAUGGCUGCACGACUGCUAUGCAUAUGAAUUGCGGCAACUACACCCAAUGCCAUAUCAACGCUGACCAGCCCGGGCUAGCGUCUUUCAAAUUCGCUUCAAUGUCUGCAGUCGGCUACGGCAGUCCACACUCGAAAACCCAACCCCGGCCUAAUAGCACACUCAUAUUUCCCGACACGGACGUUGGGAGAUUCGCGCAGGACGGGUUCAACAACGGGAGCGACUACUCCAAGAUCACGGCGGAAAUCAGCGGUCCAUCCCUCGAGCAGCAGAUUCAAAUGAUCAAUGUUGCGCGCCAUCAGUACAACAAGCAGAGUAUGACCCACGCUGCGGAUAUCAUGGCGUAUUCUCAGGCUGUCGCCAACAGCACAAUCAAGAGGAUUCUCCAGCAGAAGCAAUUCGUAACGCCGACGCUGAACGUUUUCGAGUUUGCCUACAGAAGCAAGACUCUGCAAAAGUACUUUAGCGUCACGCCUGGCAGCAAUCGGACUAUUCAGCACGCCGAGACCAACGCUAAGCUUUUAUACCAGCACGGGGUUCCGCUGAUUGCCGGCACCGACUCUGUCGGUCAACUGGCUGUGGGCGAUGAAUCAGCCUUGGUUCCCUGGGGCCUCAGCUUGCACUUUGAACUGCAAAACUUUGUCAGCGUUCUCGGCAUGUCGCCAGCCGAAGCCAUAAAUUCUGCAACCAGAGACGCUGCCAAGUGGCAUAGGAUGGCAGAUCGCGGUUCUAUCGAGGUGGAGAAGAGAGCUGAUCUGGUCUUGCUGAACAAGGAUCCUCUGGCUAAUAUCGCGAAUACGCUCAGCAUCGACAGGAUCUGGGCCUUUGGCGUACCUGUUGCACUCGUUGCGCAAACAACUAACUCAAGUAUGAAGAAUCCUGCAUUUACUCCUGUCAAAGUAGAGUAG